UAAUGUUUACUGUGGGUUUAUCAUAUAUAGCUUUUAUUAUGUCAACCUUGGACUCUUAAAUGUAGGCAUUUGAACUGAGAAAAGAACUAAGAUGAAAGGUAUGGUGAAGGUAGAGUUAGUGGAAAGUUGUGCAAAUUAAGUACAUUUUAAUGUAUUUAUUCAGGUAGACUGAGCAGGAACCAUGGUUGCCCAAAGGAUAAUUUAAAUUUAUUUUUAUGAAAGAACUUCUUGAGGAAAUAUUAUCUUUUUAUGGUAGAUUUCAGAAGCAGUGAGGUUUAGUGUCUUAAUUUUUUCAAGUUUUUAAAAGUGAGCAGGGGCUGUGCUUUGAACAUUCAUGUGUGACUUUCUCCUUUAGGUUAUUAUCUUUAUAUUAUACAUACUAAAACUAAUGAAUAGAGUAUAUGAAAUUGUGAAGUUCUUUUAUUUGGAUUAGAAAUUAUUAGUAUAACAUUAGUUAAAACUCCAGCAGACCUGAUAGAUAAUUUUAUUGGAAGUUGAGCCAUUUGGGUUUUGUAUUAGUUUUUCUAUUAAAUCAUCUGUGACUCUGAUAAAAUUGUAUAAACUUUACUUUCUUCAUUUAGUGAACAUGGUGUUGUCUCACUGUAAGUAUUGUAAACCACUAGACAGCAUACCUUUUGACAAAUCUGAUAAGAACAUAUCACUCUCAUUCUUUAGUCAUACUAGAUAAUAGAUAACUGAGUUUCCAUACUUCUUUUUUAUUUUAACCUCCUUUAUAUACUUUGUUCUUGGAAUGAACAUAAUAGUCUUUGGUUUGGGCUAAUAGUUUAUAACUGAUAUAGUUUAUAAAAAGUACCCCUUUUAGGACAUUUCUUAAUGGACUAUUUCCCUAGGUACAUACUAAAUCCGUGUAAUUAUGGCUCUGUUAAUUUGGAAUCAAUUAAUCAAAUUUUAAUUGGGUACCUGCCAAGUACUACUGUGCUCUUAAGAUCAGAGCCUUUAUUAUACUGGUUUGUUUUGCAGGAAAAGAUGUUGUCAUUGAAACAUCUUUUCAGAUAUACUAAAUUAAAAAAAAAAAAGUUUCCAGGUAAGCAUAACAGAUUGAGCACUUCUUUAAUUCUCUGAUCCCUCUCAGAACCCUACAGAAAAGACCAUAAAGAAAUCAAAAUAAAAAUUUAAGCCACAAAACAGAACUGGAGAGAAGUACAGCUGAUGAAGGAUGUCCAUAAAAUAGAAGCUUGAAAAUGGUUGUUUGAGGUGCAUAUUAAUAGUAAACUGUCUUAGUAGAAAGCUGAAACCCAAACCUCUCAUGGAGAGUGACAUUGAGAAUCAGACCAGUUCACACACUGUAGAACCUUAGUCUUUGGUCUGGGACCUACGUUAUAUCUGAAAGCAGGUGUAUGGGGUGGUGCUGAAAACAGAAUUGGUUAAAAUUUUUAAAGGAGCAGUUUAUCCUGCAGAAUUUUGGCUGAAUUAGGGUAAGGGGAGUCUACUCAGGCAAACAGGAGGCUUACUUUCUAAAUGAGUGAUUAAAUCAACUUAAACUCUAGUGCGAAUGAGGGUAGAGGAAACAACAGUAAAAAGAAGGAAAUUAAAGCAAAUGUUGAGGUCUCUACCUUCCUGCCCAUGAUCAUUUCGCAAAGCUCUUGCAGUCUUGCUUGUUCCCAAAAUGGAAGAUAGAAGGUAUUGGUAUCUUCCAGAAUACUGUCGCUGGUUUAGAAGACUUGGAGAUACUGCCAUUUGGAAAUUUUUGAAUGAAAUAGCCAGGUCUCUCUGCUUUAUCACCCUACAGUGAAACCCAUUGAAAGGCACUGACCACACAUCCACAUUGUUCUCAGUCAGUAUCUUAGUGCUCCACAAACAGUCAAGGACCACCAGAGAGUGAGGGAGCCUCCAGGUAAUAGAGAUAAAUACAUAGGCAAAGAAAAGGAACCUGACAGAACAAACCGAGUGCUGAAACAGGGAGUUACUUGAAAACUAAUAUCCUCAGAGGUAAGAGAAGGAAUAUUUCAUUAAUGAGGUAAGAAAAGACUAAAAAAAGAAAAAUUUUGGAAAUUAAGAAUAUUAUAGCUGAAGUUUAAAAAAGUUGAAUGUAAUUGGAAAAUGAGUUGUAAACAAGGAAUGAGCUACACUGAUAGAAUCCUAGACUCUGCAUAUAUUUGAAGAGCUUCUAGAGAGAGAAAAUAGACCAUGUGUAAAAGAAUGUUGCCAAUAACAGAUGAAGCAGUGGAGCACUACCUUGAAAAUUCUGGGGAAAAUAAUUAUUAACCUAGAAAUCUGAGAUGCAACCAAACUGUCAGUCUAGUGUUAGGGCAAAAUAAAGACGUUUUUAAAGACAUUAAGAGCUUAAAAAUUCAUUCUCAAACAUCCUUUCUCAUAAUUACACUGGAAGAUAUGUCUGUGUCACUUAAUGAGAAAGUAAACAAAGAGACAAUGUGAGAUUCAGAAAAACGAGUUCCUAAAAGAAACAGAAAAGGAGAAAAAAAACAAUAAGCAAAUUAGUUCUGACCCAGGGAAAGGGGGUAUUGUGAAGAUAAUAGAGGACAGUCACAGAAUGACAGUUGAGCCGCAGCUUUUAGAGAGUUACCAGUUCAAAUUGGAGCAGGGCAGAGGAAGGGUGUUUCCAAGAGAGUGAGGAGCAAACCUGAUGGAUGAAUUGAUGUAUUUGAAUGUAUUAAGAGAUCUUUACAUUUGUUGCAGUUAGUUCAAUUAAUGACAGAUAAUACAACAUAAAAACAAGAAAAAGCUAUCAUCAACCAUAGGAAAAGGAAGAAGUUGUACAAAAAAGUAAUUGUAAUUCAGUAUAUGGCCUAGCUGAGAAUGUUUAUAUAGUUAUGAUAAUGCAGCAUUGUUUACAUCGUGUUGAUACAUCAAAAAGAACAUUUGGAGCCUUCCAUGGUGAUCCAGUGGUUAAGAUUCUGUGCUUCCCCUGGUGGGGUCAUUUCCUCAAGUUGCACAGUACAGCUUAAAAACAUUUGUGGAGGAGAAGUCUAUCUUCUGGAGGAAAAAAAAUUUAAAAAUAACCAAAAAUAACACGGUAGAGCAGUAUAUAUCUUGCUCAGUUGUAUCCAGCUCUUGUGGCCCUGUGGACUUCAGCUCUUCUGUCCUGGAGCUCACCUGGCAGGAAUACUGGAGAAACUCUAAAUACAAUGAAAUGGGAGGAAAGAAAAAUUCAAUAAUAAAGACAAACAAGCCUCGAGGAUCAAAUCCAUGUACAAAUCAGUGCUUCAGGAAUUUUUUCUCCAAUGUCUUUUCUUCUAGUUACACUGGAGAAUCUUCUUUUGCCUAUACGGCUUACUGUACAGAAUUUAUAGAAGUCAAUGAAGUCAGUGCUUUGAUUAGGCAGAAGAGACAGGAACUGGAAUUGUCAUGGUUUCCUGAUACAUUACCUGGAAUUGGAAGAAUUAGUUUUAUACCCUGCAAUAUUGAAAUAGAAGUCCUUCCUCUCAUCUCUUCUGUGUUGCCAAGAACUAUUCUUCCAACAAGUACCAUAUCUUUAGAAAAUUUUGGUACUUCUUGCAAAGGCUAUGCAUUAGCACAUACUCAAGAAGGGGAAGAGAAGAAGCAAACUUCUGGUACCUCAAACACCAGAGGAUCAAGACGAAAACCUGCAGCAGCAACACCUACAAGAAGAUCUACACGUAACACAAGAGCUGAACCAGUCAGUCAGUCUCAGAGAUCCCCAGUAUCAAAUAUUUCUGGGUGUGAUGCCCCAGAUAACAAUAAUCCAUCUGUAAGUGUUUCCUCUUCAGGUGAGUCAGAGAAGCAAACAAGGCAGGCUCCAAAACGGAAGUCUGUAAGAAGAGGAAGAAAACUACCUUUAUUGAAAAAGAAACUUCGAAGCUCUGUGCCUACCCCUGAAAAAUCAUCUUCCAGUGAUUCAGUUGAUGAAGAAGUAGCAGAACCUGACAUACCACCUGAGUUAGAGAAAGAACACCAAUCAGAUGUAGAAAGUAUUAACACUGUGCAGAUUAAUGUAGAAGAUGAGUCUGCUAAUGGCUUAAGAAGUUGCAGUGAGCCAUUAAAAGAGAGUGAAGAAGGUGCUGAGACCCAUGAUACAGAGGAAAGAGUAGAAACUUUACAUUCCGAGUCUGGUGCCCAAGAUCCUCCUGUGUUAUUUGGAGGGGAGGAGGAAAUUCAAGAAGUUGAGAAUACAGGUAUAGAAGUUAAUGUUUUAUGUCUGGAAGGUGAGAUUUCUGCAAGUACUUCCAAAAAAGGAAGUGAUUCAUUGGGAAAUCAAGACCCAGUAGCUGAACCUUCAGAAUCAGAAAUAAAAGCAGAUAUAUGUAUAGAUCAUGCUCCAAAUGAUUCUCUUACAUGUUCAGGAUCUGAAAUUGAAGUGUACCAACCCGCAUCAAGCUUAGGUGAGUUACCUGAGAAUGCGGAGUCAAUAGUUAAUGAAGAAAAAGUUAUGGAGAGUCCUAUAGUAAAUAUUAUUGAUCAUAGAGAUUCUACAGUAAAAACAGAACAGCUUAUUGACAGUCCCAAAUUAGAAUCUUCAGAGGGUGGAGUUAUACAAGCAGUGGACAGAAAACCUAUUGAGAGUUUAGAGGUUCAUUUGCUUAGACAUGUUGAAAAUGAAGAUGCAGACAUAAUUGCAACAUGUGAUACUUCAGGGAAUGAAACUCUCAAUAGUAUUCAAGACUCUGAAAAUAGUUUAUUAAAAAAAAAUCUUAACACCAAAUUGGACAAAUCUUUAGAAGAAAAGACUGAAUCUUUGAUUGAACAUCCCAGAUCUACAGAAUUGCCUAAAACACACGUUGCACUGAUUCAGAAGCAUUUUAGUGAGGAUAAUAAUGAAAUGAUAUCUAUGGAAUGUGAUUCAUUUUGCAGUGACCAAAAUGAAUCCGAAAUCGAUCCAUCUGUAAAUGCUGAUGCUAAACAAGUAAGUGAAAAUUCUGUGGAGCACAGUUCCCAAAAGAAUAUGUCAUCUUCUGAUCCUCCAAAUGAAAAGGUUGAAACUGUAUCUCAACCAUCUGAAAACCCAGUAGAUGUGACAGAUAAAGCCAAAAAGCCUCGUACGCGAAGAUCUAGAUUUCACUCUCCGUCUACAACUUGGUCUCCCAACAAAGAUACUGCCUGGGAAAAGAAGCGGUCUCAGUCUCCGUCUCCCAAAAGAGAAACUGGAAAAGAUAGCAGGAAGUCUCGAUCACCAUCUCCUAAGAAAGAAUCUGUUAGAGGACGGAGAAAAUCUCGUUCUCAGUCCCCCAAAAAGGAUAGUGCAAGAGAAAGGAGGAGAUCUCAGUCUCGGUCUCCAAAAAGAGAUAGUGCUAAGGAAGGCAAAAGAUCUGAGUCGCUCUCCCCAAAAAGAGAGAACAGAAGAUCUCAGUCCAGAGUAAAAGAUUCCUCCCCAAGAGAAAAAUCCAGGUCCCGGAGCAGAGAAAAAGAGAGUGAUAGAGAUGGGUCGAGAAGAGACCGAGAUAGAGAAAGGAGAAUGAGAAGGUGGUCUCGAUCCAGAUCACGGUCAAGGUCACCAUCAAGAUCUAGAACAAAAUGUAAGGGUUCAUCAUUUGGUAGAAAUGACAGGAACAGUUACUCUCCUCGAUGGAAAGAAAGAUGGGCAAACGAUGGUUGGAGAUGUCCACGAGGGAAUGAUCGAUACAGAAAGAGUGACUCAGAGAAACAGAAUGAAAACACAAGAAAAGAGAAAGACGACAUCAGUCCAGAUGCUGAUGAUUCAAAUUCUGCCAACAAACAUAGAAAUGACUGUCCCACUUGGGUAACAGAAAAAAUAAAUUCUGGGCCUGAUCCGAGGACCAGAAAUCCAGAAAAGUUAAAAGAUUCUCAUUGGGAAGAAAAUAGAAAUGAGAAUUCAGGGAAUUCUUGGAAUAAAAACUUUAGUUCAGCUUGGAUGUCUAACCGUGGUAGAGGUAACCGUGGUAGAGGCAACCAUAGAGGUGGUUUUGCCUAUGCAGAUCAAAAUGAGAACAGGUGGCAAAACCGAAAACCCCUCUCAGGGAAUUCAAAUAGUUCAGGGAAUGAGACUUUCAAAUUUGUGGAGCAGCAACCCUAUAAACGGAAAAGUGAGCAAGAGUUCUCCUUUGAUACACCAGCCGAUAGGUCGGGGUGGACAUCUGCAUCGAGUUGGGCUGUGAGAAAGACUCUGCCAGCAGAUGUACAGAACUAUUACUCGAGACGAGGGAGGAAUUCUUCAGGCCCACAGUCUGGAUGGAUGAGGCAAGACGAGGAAACAGCUGAACAGGAGUCUAACCUGAAAGACCAAACAAACCAACAAGGUGAUGGUUCUCAGCUACCUAUAAAUAUGAUGCAGCCACAAAUGAAUGCAAUGCAACAGCACAUGAGUGCACACCAGCCUGUGAACAUGUUUCCGUAUCCAGUGGGUGUUCCUGCUCCUUUGAUGAACAUGCAGCGCAGUCCGUUCAGCAUUCAUCCUCAGCUGCCCUUGCACCUGCACACCGGAGUACCUCUCAUGCAGGUGGCGGCUCCUAGCGGAGUAUCUCAGGGACUGCCGCCACCACCGCCCCCUCCCCCGCCAUCCCAGCAAGUCAGCUACGUUGCUUCACAGCCGGAUGGAAAGCAGUUGCAGGGUAUUCCUAGUGCUUCUCAUGUAAGUAGUAACAUGAGUACACCAGUCUUGCCUGCUCCGACAGCAGCCCCAGGAAAUAUGGGAACAGUUCAGGGACCAAGUUCUGGUAAUACUGCGUCAUCAAGUCACAGCAAAGCUUCUAAUGCUGCUGUAAAAUUGGCGGAAAGCAAAGUAAGUGUUACAGUGGAAGCCAGCGCAGAUAGCUCGAAGACAGACAAGAAACUGCAAAUUCAAGAAAAAGCAGCACAGGAGGUAAAAUUGGCCAUUAAGCCAUUUUAUCAAAAUAAAGACAUCACCAAGGAAGAAUAUAAAGAGAUUGUACGGAAAGCAGUAGAUAAAGUGUGUCAUAGUAAGAGUGGAGAAGUAAAUUCUACUAAAGUGGCAAAUCUGGUUAAAGCCUAUGUAGACAAAUACAAAUAUUCACGGAAGGGAAGCCAAAAGAAAACUCUGGAAGAACCUAUGUCUGCUGAUAAAAACGUGUGCUGAAAGGGGAGCAGUAGAACGGACACUGAUGAGAUAUCUGCAAAGUGCAAUUUCAACAUGUACCUUUACCUGAAAGUCAUACAUAGCUGUGAUUGAAAUUUGGUUUUGAUAAAAUUAUCUUUUUUAAUGUAGGAUAUAAUGUUUUGUUCUAAAUAAAUAUAGUUCAGCACCACAAUAUCUAUAUCUUUUCCUCCUCUCCAUUUCCCGCCCCCCACCCAAAUAAAAUUCAAGGGAAAGUAAAGGGUUUAAAGGAAUAUGCAUUUUUACUAGGACUGGGUUAUACUGUGGAUGCUGAAAGAUGUACAGGUUUUUGAUUUGAACAAUGGAGUGCAUAAAUUAGAAACUUCAGAGUGCACUGGUUUUGGAAGAGAUAUAUAUAAUACAUUUAUUCUGUCAGGCUAAAAAUAAAAAAUGGUCUUAUGAUUUUUCUCUCUAAUUAUAGAAAGAUAAAUAAUGUAUUACCAUGAAGACUAUUUCUAAUAACAGAACAUACCAGUUGCGGGGUUCUUAAUGUGUAUUUUUAAAGCACACAUCUGAAUAAAUUGCUUAGGUAGAAGAUAUGAUCAUGAGUAAAAUUCAGUGUUCAGAACUUUAGAACACUGUUCACCUAUUGUAUCACCAAAUAAAAGUUAUGCUGCUUGUUUUUCUUUUGUGCCUUCUUUUCCCCAAUUGAGAUGAAGCAGUUUGAUUUGUUACAUUUACAACUUUGGCACUCUCAGCUCUGUUGAAUUUAGAAGACCUGUUUGGAAAAAGUGUUGACCUUGUAAAAAUUACGUUCUUCCAUAAUAUCUUCUGCUCAUCAGAAAUGGUAAACUGCUUGUGCCAACUGGAGAAUUGCUUUUAAGUCGUGACCCUCCUUUCCUUGGGUCUAAGGCAAAAUAAAAUCAUGAUAUUCGCUUCAGGGGCUUUCACGUUGUUGAUCCAUCUAUUAAUUACUAAUGAAAUUCUUCUUACACUUGGGAAAUCUCCAAAUGCUUUACAGUGAAUAAAGUGUUAAUUUGGUAACCAUUUUACAAAAUUCGAGACCUUAAAACCUGUGUUUUGGAAAAAGGAGAGGAAUUAAAUAAUGGAGUCUUAGGCUUUCAGGGGCUAGAGAUUUUUUUUUUUUUUUUAGUACUAGAAUCUGUUAAUUUUUAUUAAAAGUUAAGUUUAAAAUGUUCUAGCCUUAUUAUUUUAUUUGGCAUCUUGGAAGAAAAAAUGGGUUAACUCCAUGAUAAACUGUUUCAUUCCAGUAACAAUUUUCAAUAGAUACCAAAUAACUGGAAAGCACUUCAGAUCAGAUGUUAAUGGCGCAAAGAUAGAUAUAUGCCUCAGUGAGACAGGCUGACCAUUAUGCUAGGUAAAUAGUGAAAGCAAUACUCCAGGACUGCUUUUCUGAAGUAAAGAUUAUCUGUUUCUCAGUUUAUGUGUGUAAUACUUUCCUGGUGCUAGCUUCGAUAGGCGAAUUUUAAAAUGUUGGCCCCAGUAAUGAUUGCACUACUUCAUAAUCUUUGAUUAUGAGUAUAAUCCCAAAAAGUGUUAGAAAUACUUCCAAGCAGUUUCUGAUCUUUAUUCUGCAUUUCUGGGCGUUUGUAAUAUGGUGUUCUACUGAUUUAUAUAUAUUUUUAAUUAAAGUUUAUGUUAAGAUUAUGAUGGGGCAAGAGUUUUGGAAGUAUAUUUCUUCUAAUAAAAUAUUAAGACAGUGUUUCAAUUGUCAACACACACCUCCUCAUUUGUUUUGGUUUUGGACUCUAAAGUUUUAGAACUUUUUGUUUCUAAAAAACAGUUCUGUGAACUUUCGAUUUUGGAUUAAAGCUAGUUCCCACUUAGAAAAUUUUGUAGCAAAUUGCCUAAGUUGACUAAUCACACAACAUAUUUUUCCUACAUCUUAUUUCAGUGAGAUUUGGGAGUUGGAUGACAGUUUAAAAUUUGCUUUAUACCAUUUAGCUUGUGCAAACAUGUUUAAAAGUUUUGAAAAAGUAAAUGAUGUGGUCAAGAGUUAAAGUCUCAUAUCUUUGGUAGCAGUACCAUGAGUUAAUUGAAUUCUUAAUACACGUUUUUUGAAUAACAGAUAUGUACUCUGUAUCUGGUUGGGGGUACUGGUUAGACUGCACUUGAAAUAAGAAUACUACUGGACUAGAAUCAACUCUGAAAUAUUUAAGAAUGUAUUAGAAAGUGCAUGCUUUAUGUUAAAAAGAAUACAUUGCUUUUUAACAUUCCCCAUUCUUUUAUCAGAAAUUAAGUUGCAUGUGUACAAACUUAAAAACAUUUUGUGGGGUUGCAGAUUUCUCUUUAUAUAUGAAGAUUCAGUAUUAACUUGAUCUUUGAAACCUUGGUCCCUCUAACUUACUAGUCACAUUGACUGAUGUUUUAGGCGAUAGUGAUGCCUAGAAUUUUGAGACUAAAAUUAGUUACUUGUUAUUUUAACAUUCCAAAAAUUUGGAUUGUUUUCCCCUCUGGUAAUGACAUUUUCCAUUAUCUUCCUUUAAAUGGCCACGGUAUGUACUGCCUAAAUGUUCCAUCCAAAAGAUGUAGCUUCAGAAGCACAGUGGUUGCUCCAUGGUCCAUGAGACAUUGUUUGUAGUAUGAGGAUGGAGUGCUGUCUACUGAAACAAUACUCUUUAAACAGAUAUGUAGUAUGUAAUAUUUUCUAAUAAAUUCUUUUGAUAAACA